CCUUACCUCUUUUCCCACAAUGCAAUAGUCAUGUAAACAAAGGACAACGACAGGAAGGGAGACUGAAAAGUUCUAGCUAGAUAGCUAGCAUUAGCUAAGUAUAGCUACAAAUGUGCAACUUAUUAGCUACAGCAGUUCUGCAAGGAAUAUUCAAAAAAAAUAUGUAACGUUAUUUAGCUAGCUUCCUAACCAGUUAGACCUAGUUUGUAUUGCUUUUUCUACAUUGUAUCGUGUGGGAUCUCUAAAGCCAGUUAGCUAGCUAUAUGCCUGGCUAGCAGCCUGUCCGAAGCUAGCUAACGUCGUUAGGCAGUAACGUUAGCUGUCAAAACCAAGCCAAGUGCUUUGAUUUCCCAGCGAACUCAAAAUGCAUCGAUCUUGACAGUUUACUGGGAAAACCGUUUUUAACAGAGGAUGACAGGGAUGACUGCUUUUGAAGGACAACCUUUGUGGCCAUCCACACAUCUAUGAGUUCCCCACAUGUCUGAGGUACUUCCAAAAUGAAGAAAAUUAGUCUGAAAACAAUACGAAAGUCAUUCAACCUAAAAGGCAAAGAGGAGGGAGAGGAUGUUGUAUCACAGCCAAAUUCAGAUACCAACUUUUCAACAGAUUCAAUGUUUGGAAAAUGUUACAGCAAAGAACUUGUUUGUAACGAUUUUGAUCACGAGGAGAAGAAAGGCCGCAAGAACGGCUCAAAAAGUGAGAGUCUUAUGGGAUCACUGAAAAGGAGGCUUUCGGCAAAACAGAAAAGUAAAAUAAAAGAAAGUUCCACAUCCGUAACCUGUGAAGAUGACACAUUCUCGUGCUCCUCAGCACCCAUUUUCUUUAACGAUGUAAAAUCACAGCACCAUCUAAGAUCUAGUAGUCACCAUUAUAGCCCCACGCCAUGGGCCCUCAGGGCAGCGAAUUCUGAGGAAACAUGCCUUCGAAUGGAUGGGAAAGUGAAAGCUAUGAUACACUCAUCAGACCCCAGCCCAUCUCUUUAUGGCAUUCAGAAAGUAUUCCCUGACCCCCAGAUGGAUAGGCUUUUUCAGGAUUCAUCUGAGAGCACUGAGCCUCAGAAUUGUGAUUUGCAUCUAGAUAUUGAUGUUGAAAAUGUGCCUGCGAUUAUUGGACUAUCACCUCAGAACUAUAUUCACUAUGCAAUGCCUUUAGAUGAUGACCUUGAAAAAGGCUUGGAUAAUUCCUCUCCAAUAGAUGAGGUGCCUCAGCCCGAGGGCUUCCCUCCUCAUGCAGCGGAAGACCCCAUUGACCAGGAGGAGCUGAUGUCACCAGACAUAUUCAUGGACCCAUCAGUGAAUAGACUGCUCUAUGAAUCUGCAGGUGUCUUUAUUCCAGACUCUAGAAUAGAUUCUCCUCUCUCCCCUUUGCUACCUCAGCUACCUGGCAGUCACAUCCGAAGGAGUUUCCAAGUAUAUGGAGGUUCUUCUCAUUCGCAUGGUGCAGAGAGAGUAAUGCACCAUCUCAACUUUGACCCCAAUUCAGCCCCUGGCGUUGGCAGGGUUUAUGAUGCUGUUCAGCACAGCGGGCCCAUGAUUGUAACCAGCCUUACAGUAGAGCUAAAGAAACUGGCCAAGCAGGGUUGGUACUGGGGUCCUAUAACGCGUUGGGAAGCUGAGGAAAAACUUGCUAGCCUACCAGAUGGGUCAUUCUUGGUGCGAGACAGCUCAGAUGAUCGUUAUCUUUUGAGCUUGAGCUUUCGUUCACAGGGUAAGACCCUCCACACCAGGAUCGAACACUCCAAUGGCAGUUUCAGUUUCUACGAACAGCCAGAUGUGGAGGGUCACAUAUCAAUAGUGGAACUCAUUGAACAUUCCAUCAGAGAUUCUGAGAGUGGAGCCUUCUGCUAUUCACGAUCUCGUACACCAGGGACUGCCACGUAUCCUGUCAGACUGACAAACCCUAUCUCAAGGUUUAUGCAGGUGCGUUCCAUGCAGUACCUCUGUCGGUUUGUCAUCCGUCAGUACACACGGAUUGACCUUAUCCAGAAAUUGCCUUUGCCAAACAAGAUGAAAGAUUACUUGCAGGAAAAGCACUACUGAAGAAGAUCAAUGGAACCCAGAUGGACUUUCUUGCACAUUUUAGAUCAGCAACAUAAUGAAAUAGGCCUAGUUUUUAAUCUUUUGCACAUGACCCUAACCCAGUGAUGUGUCCACCAGCCAAUGCCAGUAACUGACAUGUCUUGUGAGCCAUACAGUUAUACUCCCCACCUCAAAGCCAAGGAUUGAAGCUGAAUCUUGAUCAGCUUUUUGUUACAUUGAAUUAUUUCUGUAAAUUCUGUUUUGAUAGACCAAGUGUUUUGUUAUAUAAAGCAUGUAAAAAGAAAGAAUUUCGUACACUCAAUAUGCUCCCAACAAUUUGGGUACAACCAACGUUUCAGCACUCAGUGCUUUCUUCAGGGUGUCAGUCAGCACCUCUGCAAACAUUUUUGGGUGUGCGCCAACUCGUGUUUUUACUAGACUGUUAUAUAAAGCACAUACAUUAUCUAAUCAUUACUACACUCAACUUGUUGUCCUACAUUAAAACAGUUUUUGUUAGGGGUCUGUAGCUAGUAUGAUUUUAAAACCUGAAAGUCGCCUCUGCUGAGUCUUUAGUUAGAAGUUUUUUCUUUUGCCUCAUUGAUGGUUACUCAUUGCAUGUGAAUUACAUUGCGUAUAUGGAGAACUAAUAUUUGAUCACCACACACCUGAAGCUGAUUUGGGAGAACUAAUCGGCAUUGACUGUGUAUAACCAUAUAGGGAUAAUGGCUUGUUUUUGUAGCCUUAACUUGACUGUUUGCCUGUCCCUAAGUAUAAGGAAAAUUGCUUCACCUUGUUACUUUCCAGAUCAUGAGUUGCUACCUAUAGUAAAAUACUUGGUAUCACCUAAACAUACUUUUAUGAACGGCUAUACACCGUUUUUAUUGCACAUCUUGAAUGAAGUUAAAGGAGGGGUGUUUAUUACUGUUAAUAAAAUACUUAUUCACAGAUAAGUAUGUAUAUUGUUAAUCAUCAUACAGAAAGUUUUAGUUUGAAAAUGUGACUCUGAACUUAAAAUGACGCAAUACAUAUUUAAAAUGUCCGGGCUUUUCAGUCUACAGAGAUCACGAAUCCUCCAGUUAAAGUGGUGUUAACUUAAUCCCACCCCGUCUUUGCCCGCUACUCCCUCCUCUUCUCAACAUGCCACUGGAUCCUGUAUCUCUCAGGCGACUGAAAAGUAGCCUCAGCCUUGCCUGCUGCCCCAAUCACCAGAGUGGCCUACUAUCUUUAUCUAUGAACAAUGCAUUUUCAUAACCAACUUUUAACUACUAACUUUGCUCUUUUGUUUAACAGUUUUGAUUAUACAACAAAUCAUUCUAAGGGUGAAAUGUUGAGAUGAGGCUGAGUAUUUUUACAUUUUUAUGAAUGCCCUCUGAGAACAGAAGAGGAAGUGGCAGUCGGCUCUCUUGUGGCUUUAAUCCCAGGUGAUGGCACCGAAACAGCAGGAAUAAGCCUAAUAUGAUUUGGGCUCCCGAGUGGUGCAGCAGUCUAUAAGGCACUGCAUCUCAGUGCAAGAGGUGUCACUACAGUCCCUGGUUCGAUUCCAGGCUGUAUCACAUCCGACCGUGAUUGGGAGUCCCGUAGUGCGGUGCACAGCGUUGGCCGGGGUAGGCCGUCAUUGUAAUAAGAAUUUGUUCUUAACUGACUUACUAAGUUAAAUAAAAAAAUGUUUUUUUUAUUGUUUAAUAGUAGAGGCUGUAAUUACCGAUAAUCAAUUGUAUGUUUUAUUUUCCAUCAAACGACCCAUAGGCUACAGAGUCAAACGGUAAUCUCAGUACUUACAGCGGGUUCUUGGCCCUGCAGAAGUUUGUCACAUUGACGCUUUGUUCUGAAAAUCAUGCCACCUGCCACCACUAACCCCAGAGGGCUUCUUAUCCAGCGCUGCAUGUAUCUUCACAUUAGAGGGCUUCUUAUGCAGCACAGUUUCGAAUAAUAAUGUGAAACGUCAUGCAUGCUCAUCCAGUGACAGCUUCACUCAAGUAGGAGAUUACUUUGAGCUGGCUGCCUAUACAUGCAGAUGUGACCAAUAAUCAUGUUUGCCAAGCAGGAUGAAGAUUGAAUAUGGAUAUGGAAAGGAUAUAGAUAUAGAUAAAACAAUAACAAUGUCUAAAACAAUGUCUACUGUAUUU